CAACGCAGGUGGUAAAGAAACAGCUUUAAAGCUCUUCACUUUAUUUAGAAGAAGUUGUGAAAUCACAACAAACUUGAAGUUUUUGCCAAAACAAAUAAAUUUCGUAUAUCUAGUAAUUGUUUUUACCGUGCAUUACACGGUCAAGGAGCCAACUUGGUGGCCAGAUCAACCGAUAUUAUAGAAUACUCAACAGCAGCUGCUCAUCGUCGAAUUCAGUGCCAAAUAAACAUGUCGUCGCCAUGGUCCAAAGUGGCCAAUGAGCCCGUGCAGACAGCAAGUCUGGCCGAUAUUAUGUCCGAGCAAUACGCACAUCAACUGCAUGACAAAGAACUCCAACAACAGCAAAAGAAACAAACCCAAAAGCAGCCACAGCAAUCUCCAACUCCAGCGAGUUACUCCGAUGUGGCAGGCACAUCUCACAAUGCAACAGCUACGGCUGCCACCGAUGCUGAUGAAUGGGAGGAUUAUUCCAUGCUACUCUCUGGUGGCAUGAACAAAGAGACGCUGCCUCCCGAGGUGUUGAAGCUUCUGGAGGAUGAAGAAGAGUCGGAUGCAGUCAUAGCGCAGAUGCUGCAGUCUCAGUUCGAUCACGAGUACAACGAGGAGCUGCGUCGCAUUGAGCGCCAGCAAAAUAAACAGUCCAAAGUCACUGUGACCCUCAACAAAUUUCUGCGCAGCGGCGAUGCGGAAUUUCUGCACGACACAGAGGCGGACGAGGACGACGAAGAGGAUGAGUUGUAUCGUCAAAAGCGGGACUGGGAUCGCUUUGAGACAAAUGAAAAGAUGUUGGACGCCAUACCCAAGUGUGGCUUCAAAGUAGACAAAGAGGGCGAAAUGAUAACCAAGCAUGAUCCACAGCUAUGCGGUGUGCGUAAUGCCCAGAGAGUGAUGUCGUUUCCACCUGAGUUUCCCACCGGCGAUGGCGCCUGCUUCGACAUGAAGCUGUCCAAUAAAGUCUUCAAUCAGCUGAAGGCGUAUUCGCGACGUGGACGCGCCGAUCGUAAGGAGAAAGUGGCCACCGCCGAGAUGGGCGUCGAUGCUGCCACACGUCUGCUGCUCUAUAAGUUGAUCAACAAUCAGAUACUCGAACAGAUCAAUGGUAUAAUCUCCACCGGCAAAGAGGCGGUCAUCCUGCAUGCCAAUUCAGAUGCCAGCUACACAGGCACCAAUGAGCAUGGACAUGGCAAUGGUGUGUUGAUGCCACCCGAGCUGUUGCCCAAGGAGUGCGCCAUCAAGAUAUUCAAGACAACACUGAAUGAGUUCAAGCAGCGGGAUCGUUACAUUAAGGAUGACUACAGGUUUAAGGAUCGUUUCAGCAAGCAGAAUCAUCGUGUCAUCAUCAACAUGUGGGCCGAGAAGGAAAUGCACAAUUUGAUGCGCAUGCAAAGCAUUGGACUCAAUGUGCCCGAUGUUGUCGUCCUGAAGAAGCAUGUGCUUGUCAUGCGCUUCAUAGGUGACAAUCACAAUGCGGCGCCCAAGCUUAAGGAUGCUCGUCUCACGGUCGCCGAGCUCAGCUGUGCAUACGAGGAGAUUGUGGCAGCCAUGCACAAGUUGUACAAUGAGGCCAAGUUGGUGCAUGCCGAUCUCAGUGAAUACAACAUAUUGUGGUACGAGGACAAAUGCUGGUUUAUCGAUGUCGCUCAAAGUGUGGAGCCCGAACAUCCCAGCGCUUUAGAGUUCCUAAUGCGUGACUGCGGCAACAUUGUCAACUUCUUUGAGAAGCGUGGACUCUCCAACAUCUACACGAAGGAGCAGCUCUUUGAGUCGAUUACCGCGCUCAAUGCGGAAAAGCAUAAUACAGCGAUGUUGGAGCGCAUUCACACAAAAGGCGCGUCCAUCAAUCAGGCAACUGUUCCCAAUCAACAGGAGUGUCCCGAUGAACUGAAGCCUCUGGACUAUCCCUUCGAAUUGGCCUGGGAGAAGUCACAGCAGGAGCGCGAAGCUGCCGCAGCUCUGCAAGAAUUGAAGCUGGAAGCUGAAGCUGAGAAGUUGGAGGAUAACGAUAAUGAUAAGAAAUUGCAGGACAACGACAACAACACUGCCAAGCAAGAACAACAGUGACAAUCUUUAAGAAGUUAAUUAACACAACACUAGACUUUGGGUGUCUCCUAACAGUUUUUGAAUUUGUAAAAUUCGUAUUGCAUAUUAAAAAAUGUACAAACCCAAGAAGACAAAUGUAUUUAUUACGAGGGUU